UGCGGGAGUUGCCUACCUCAACUCCCCUUCCCCUUCCUUUCUCAGUUCCCAUGUCUUCGCUUCCAACCAUACAAUGGAUUUUAAGUCUCAUACCUGUUUAAUUCCCAUUCCCCAGUGUUAAUUCCUCCCAACCAAACACGUUUCGAUGGAGCUCUUCUCGGGUAGCCAGCGCGGCCCACCUCGUCCCCCGUCGCCGCUGCCGACGUUCCGAUGGAGUUCUUCUCGGGCUGUGAGGUUAAGGCUGGAGUGUCGAACGUCUCACCUAAAGGUGGCCAUCUCCUGCAUCUCUCUGAGGGUGCCCUUGGCAAGGUCAAGAAAGACCAUGAGGCGACCAUCUUUGUGAAGGUGGACGACCGGAAGCUGUCCAUUGGGACCCUCUCCACCGACAAGUCCCUCCAGGUCAUGUUUGACCUGGUCUUCAAGGAGGAGUUUGAGCUCCUGCACACCUCCAAGUCGUCCAGCGUCAUCUUCUCUGGGUACAAGGGUAUCCAGCAGGGCGAAGGAGAACCUAAAGAUGAGGAGGAGGGGCAGAAGAUAGUUGCAGCCGCCAAGGAAGAUGAUGAAGAGGAAGGCGAGAAGAUCGCUCCAGCCCCCAAAGAUAAUGUCAAAGCUGAAGGAAAUGACAAGAAGCCAGAACAUGUCAAUAUUGACUCUGCCGAUGUGGAAUCAAUCCUUCUAAGGAGUAAGAAGGAUGAAGACAUCGGUGACGAUUCCUACGAAGCGUUGAUUCCUAUUGAAGACCAUAAGCAAGAUACUGGGAAUGAAACUGCAUCUGAAAGCCCGCUGAAGACGCCUGCUUUUGUAACACCCCAGAAGCCAGAUACUGGGAAGAACAGUGUAUCUGAAAGCUUGUUGGAGACGCCUUCUUCUCAAACACCCAUGAAGCAAGAUCGUCGGAAGGAGGCAUCUAAAAGCCCGCCGGAGAUGCCUGCUUCUGAAUCACCCAAAUCUGAAAGCCUGCCAGGGACACCUGCUUCUGAAUCACCCAAAUCUGAAAGUCCGUUGGAGAUGCUUGCUUCUGAAACACCCCAGAAGCCACAUGCUGGGAAGAACAGUGCAUCAGACAACCCGCUGGAGACGCCUGCUUUUGAAGCACUCAUGAUGCGAGAGGCUCUAAAGAAGAGGGCAUCUAAAAGCACGCCUGAUUCUGAAAUAUCCAUGGGUGCAUCUGAAAGCCUGUCUAAUUUUGAAGUAUCCAAUAAGCCAGAGACUCGGAAGAAGAGGCCACUUGAAAGCAUGUCUGAUUCUGAAAUAUCCAAGAAGCCAGAGACUGGGAAGAAGAGGCCACUUGAAAGCUCAUUGAAGACACUUGCUUCUAAUAAGAAGGCAAAGGUCGCAACACUGUCUGGCCAGAACACAGGCUGUGAGGUUAAGGCUGGAGAGUCGAAGGUCUCACCUGAAGGUGACCAUCUCCUGCAUCUCUCUGAGGGUGCCCUUGGCAAGGUCAAGAAAGACCAAGAGGCGACCAUGUUUAUGAAGGUGGAUAACCGGAAGCUGUCCGUUGGGACCUUCUCCACCAACAAGUUCCUCCAGGUCAUGUUUGACCUGGUCUUCAAGGAGGAGAUUGAUCUCUUGGACACCUCCAAGUCGUCCAGCGUCUUCUUCUCUGGGUACAAGGGUAUCCAGCAGGUCGAAGGAGGACCUAAAGAUGAGAAGGGGCAGAAGAUCGCUCCAGCCACCAAGGAAAAUGUUUCAGAUGAAGAGAGGGAGAAGAUUGCCCCAGCCCCCAAGGAAAAUGUCAAAGCUCAAGCAAAUGACAAGAAGCCAGAACAUGUCAAUAUUGAGUCUGCCGACGUGGAAUCAAUCCUUGGAAAGAGUAAGAAGGAUGAAGACAGCGAUGAAGACGUGGAGUCAAUCCUUGGAAAGAGUAAGAAGGAUGAAGACAUCGAUGAAGACAUCGAUGAAGACAGCGAUGAUGGUUCCUUCGACAAGUGGCUGCCUAUUCAAGAUUAUGAGGUUGCUGAAUAUUAUUUUGUGGAGGAAGAAGAAACACCCCUGUGAUCUGAGGAGGAAGAAGAAACACCCAAGUGAGGAGGAAGGAACACCCAAGUGAGAUUAGGAAGAAACUGUUUAGUAGCGAUGCGGUGAAAUGAAAGACUAAAAAAAACAAUCUUGUUAUGCUGUUUGGGUUGGACUGUCUACUUGGUACUGACUGAUGGCUUGUCACUUGCAGAUACUACCAGUUAGUCGGUUACCUACUUUUAAGUGCAUUUGAUUUGAUUGUCUGCAUAUGUUAAUCUUGUUGUCUGUGAAUCCUUGCAUCCAUCUCAAUGCAGUCUCAGAUAGUUUGGACUCUGCA